AUGAAACGUCUCCCCCAGAUCAGCGGCCGAACGAGGGCUGGCAGCAGCAUCGAUAAAGCGACUUCUAAUAAGAAUCUCCCAAGUGAAACUCAGCAUUGUCAUCACGACCAAGAGACCGUGACAGCAUACAGAUGGGCAGGCUCUCGCUAUACAGACGCGAAGGCGGACCCUAUCAUACGUGACUACCUCAGAGAAGGAUCCGACACUUCACUGUCCACAGUCGUGGAGUCUAUCACAAGCCUGCUGCCGAAGGAAGCUCCUCUGUCGGAUGAUGUCGCUGUAUUCGGGGAACUUAUUUUCGAGCUGUCCAAAGAACUCCCCUACCAGGGCUCAUCACAUGCAAGGCUGGUACAGCUCCUAGUGGCGCUCGCUCUGGAGCCUCUGGAGGAAGACCCGUGUGCAUAUGUCAACUGCCAUGCCUUCCUGGCCCGUCUUUUCGAGGCUCGCAUAUUUCAACCCGAUGCAAACUUCGCUGUGUGGACAAUGCGCGAUUCUCUCGAGAAGGACUUGAGUAAAAUUGACAUACAAAUCCGCAGCGCUUGGAUACUGGCUGCAGCGCAAUGGAUUCUCUGGCAGGGUCGAACGAUGUUCAAUCAAAUCGCCCCCUCGGUGAUCAGCAGAACUAAACCAAUCUACAGCAGCAUGUGGGCAGGAGGGCCACUUUACCAUGGUGAUAGUACUCUUUCUAUGCAACGAUGGCGCUUCUGGAAAGAGUCUUUCCGCAAGAUAUCCGAGGGGUCUGAUGUCACUGAUGAAUGCAAAGAUGCAGCUGCACAGAGUGUGAAGCUCAUGGAUGCCUAUGAAAGUGUGCUCAGAUUCUAG